ACUGAGACCGCGGCAGUGUUGUUGUGAGUGUGUGUGAGUGUUAGCGCCAGGUUAGCUCACAGUUCGUGUGUGGAUGCACGGACGCUAACGGUCACGACGAUGGAAAUCUGUCUGAACAGUUCAGCCGAUCGUCGGGAGCGACGGUUAGAAGUUGAUGACUUGAAGGGAAACUUUGCGUCAGAAUUCACCUUCUUACCAAACUCGCAGCAGUCCAUCCUGGAGGAGCGAGAACACCUGCAGGUUUACCUGAGGAUCAGGCCCUUCACGUCAGCCGAGCAUAACAGCACAGAGUCACAGGACUGUGUGUCCAUCGAGUCUGCAGACACUGUCCUGCUGAAGCCUCCCAGUGUGUCUCUGUCAGCGAGGCUGAGUGUGGACAGAUCACUGCCACACACUGGACAACGCUUCCAGUUCUCUCAGGUCUUUGGUCCAGAGACGACACAGAGGGAGCUGUUUGAAGGGACGGUGAAGGAUCUGGUCAGAGACGUCCUGCAUGGAGCCAACUCUCUGCUCUUCACGUACGGCGUCACCAACGCUGGCAAAACCUUCACCUUCCUGGGUCCAGAUGCUGACGCUGGGAUCCUGCCCAGGUCUCUGGACCUGAUCUUCAACAGCAUUGACGAGCGCGUCUUCACGGGGACCGGCAUCAAACCUCAGCGCUGCAGAGAGUUCAGCAGACUGAGCACAGAGCAGCAGGUGGAGGAGGCGGCGUUCAAGAGGAACCUCUUCAGACAGCUAAAAGAGAGCGAGCGGAGCAACGUCAGCCUCCUGAACUCCACCAAUAAGACUCUGCUUGAAGGAGCGUCCAUGUUGGGAACAAGCGUGGCAGCAGAGGACAAAAUCAGCCUGGAGGUGCCGCCGCACACCAAGUUCUCUGUCUGGGUUUCCUUCUGCGAAAUCUACAACGAGAACAUCCACGACCUCUUGGAGGUUUUGCCCAGUGGCGCCCCCAGGAGGACGGUGCUGCGGUUGUCGCAAGACGUCAAGGGCAAUGCGUUUGUCAAAGAUCUGCGCUGGGUUCAGGUUACCAGCGCAGAAGAAGCUUUCAAGGUGAUGAAGUUUGGUAAGAAGAACCAGAGCUUCUCCUCCACCAGACUCAACCAGGUCUCCAGCAGAAGUCACAGUGUUUUUUCUGUUCGUGUGCUGAAGUUGGAGGACGUUGGAACUCCACGUGUUCACACAGUCAGUGAGUUGUGUCUCUGUGAUCUGGCCGGAUCAGAGCGAUGCGCCAAGACGCAGAACAGAGGCGAGCGUCUGAAAGAAGCGGGUAACAUCAACACAUCCAUGCUCAUCCUGGGGAAAUGUAUCAACGCUCUACGACACAAUCAACAGGCCAAGCUGCUCCAGCACGUUCCCUUCAGAGAGAGUAAACUCACUCACUACCUGCAGAGUUUCUUCUGUGGUCGAGGUAAAGCCUGCAUGAUCGUCAACAUCAACCAGUGUGCGUCCAUGUACGACGAGACCCUCAAUGUCCUCAAGUUCUCCGCUGUGGCACAGAAGGUUGUGGUUCUGACCACGAAGCCUCUUCCCAUCAAACCCCUCAGGUCUGCCAGUGAGGUCUGCACUCCUCGCAGCAGCAGGAGGAGCUCUUUGAACGGCUGGGAGAGCAGCCUGGAGGACGUUCAGGAGGACAUGGACGAGGACAGCCUGAUGGAGACCACGGUGGAUCCUAGUGGAAAUGAAGAAGGUGGCAAAGAAAACGACGAGAAAAUCCUUAUCAGUAAAGUGACGCAGCAGAGGCAGGUGGCGCUGUUGAAGCAGCUCCAGCUGCAGCUGAAGAAGGAGCGAGCGGAGGGUUUGCUGAUGGAGGCUCGAGUGAGGGAGGAAAUCAGCAGAGAGUUCUCUGAACUUUUCUCGGACAUGCAGAAGGACUACAAUGAACGCCUUGCGAGGGAAAGAGAAAUCUUAGAGGGGCGAGCAGAACGGCGGAUGGAGAUCUUCAAGAACCUCAUCGACAACAUGACCAAUGCAGGAAGCAGUUACGAUGCAAAGGACUUGGACAAAUCUCUGGACCCUCACUCCACUGAACUGGUGGAAAUGAAGAUGGCUGCUGAGGCCGCCUGUAAAUGUCUGGGCUCAGGUCGCGCAGAGUCCUGGGACGACAGAGGCGGCGCUGUGGAGGAGCUCAAGACGAAGAUGUUGGAGAGGCACGAGGAACAAACGGCUCGCAAGCACAGAGGUGAAACCAGCAGAGAUGAGGAGGAGGGAGAGAAAAGGAAGUUCCUGCUUCAGUCUUCACAGAUUUCUCUGGUGGAGGACAGGAGACAAAGAGAUCAGCUGCAGGAGGCUCUGUCCACUCUGGAGAAGGAGAAGAAAGCCAGAGAAGAUGUCCUUGCUGCUCUGGAGUUCCAGACUCUGGGCAAAGAGGAGGCGCUGGCGUCUGUAGAGGAGGAGAGGAAAGCAAAAGAGGAGGCGCUGGUGACGGUUAGAGAGCUGAGAAGAGACAGAGACGAGGCCGCGGCCGCCCUGACAGAAAUGAAGCAGAGCAGAGACGACGGAGAGAAGGCGUUUCUGGAGAGGCAGAUAAAGUUCAGCAGACUGGUGGAGGAGAGAGAGCAGCAGCAGCAGCAGGUCAGAGAGCUGGCCGUCAAACUGGAUCUUACUGAGAAAAAGGAGACGAGCGAGGAGGAGCGAGCCUCACAGGCGUCGCUUCAGCUGCAGACCGCUCAAGCACAACUGGACCAACGUUUGAAGGAAAUCCAGGAGAAGAAUUCCCGGAUCCUCUCCCUGAAACAGGAGCUGCAGGCCGUCACAGAUUUGUCCUCCAGCGAUGAGCCCAAACACCAGGUGUCGGAGCUCCAGAGGAAUCUGGCUGACGAGAAGGAGAAAAGCGAGAGCAGGCGUCUGCAAAUGCUGGAGCUGGAGCGUGAGCUGGUGCAGACCAAAGAACAGCUGGAGACCAUCAACGAUGAGCAGGACGCGUCAGGUCUGCAACUCAACGAGCUGAGAACAAAGCUUCAGGAACGAGAGGAGAUCAUCUCCACACUGGAGAAUCAGGAGCGAGAUGCUAAAGAACAAGCAGAGCUGCUAAGAACAAAGCUUCAGGAACGAGAGGAGAUCAUCUCCACGCUGGAGAAUCAGGAGAACGUUUCCACUGGAGAAGCAGAUCAGCUGAGGUUGAAGCUGGAGGAACAACAGGUGGAGUCACAGAAGCUCCUUGAAGAGCUUAAACACGACCUGAAGCACCAGCAGGAAACUUCGAACAAAGUCCUCACUGAUUUGAAGCAGAAGUUUUGUGAAGAGGAGAAAACUGUGGAGCUGCUCAGAACUGAGCUGGAAGAAGCUCGGCUCAAACGUUCCUCCAGCUCUGCUGCUGCUGAAGAAGAGCUCAGGAGGUCCAACUCUGAACUGCAGACAGAGGUGGCUUCCCUGAGGUCAAAGGUCGCAGACAUGGAGGAGGUGAAAGCAUCAGAAGCUCAGUCCACGUCUGAAACGGACAAACGGACGGAGGAGAAGCUGGCAGCAUCUACAGAUCUGCAGAAGAAGCUGCAAGAAAUGGAGGCACAGCUGACGUCCCUGCAGAAGAGCCUGAAGGAGGCGCAGGAGCGCCGGGACGAGGAGGAGAUCCAGGCGGUCCAGGAGGCUCGGCGGCGGGAGGCAGAGCGUCGCAGGGAGCUGCUGGCCGUGGCUCACGAGGCCAUCGCUCAGAAAGACGAGGAGCUGGAGAAGAGAGCGGAGGAGAUCAUCAGACUGAAGGAAAACGCCACGCAGGACUCAGAGAAAGUGACAAGCCUCGGUGUGGACCUUCAGAGGAAAGAGGACGAGGUGUCGGACAUGAGAGAGAAACUCGCCGACUAUAAGAAGCAGAUCCAGCAGGUUCAGAAAGAGGUUUCUGUCAUGAGGGAAGAUGAGAAGCUUCUGAGGCAAAGACUGAACGAUGCAGAGAAAAGCAGGAAGCAGCUUCAGUGUGACGUGGCCAGCAGAGACAGAAGCAUUCAGCAGCUCAGAGCGGAACAAUCCUCCGACAGCAGGUCUGAGCGGAACACCUGUGCAGACCUGCAGGCUAAAGAGCGUGUGAUGGAGGACAUGCGUUUGGCUCUGACGGAGCAGGAGGAGACGCAGGCGCAGAUGGAGGAGGUUCUGGAGGAGAAGCUCCACCUCAUCCAGGAACUCUCUGAAGAAGUGGAGAGACUUAAAGCGUCGCAGGGCGGCGGCGCUCAGGUGGAAACACAGUCACAUGACCUCAGCCUGGUCAGACAGGAAGCUGCGAGGGCUCAGGAACAACUGAAGCUGUGCACAGACAAACAUCAGGCCGAGAGAAGGAAGUGGCUGGAGGAGAAACUGUCUCUGAUUGGUCAGGCUAAAGAGGCCGAGGACAAGAGGAACCAGGAGAUGAGGAAGUUUGCCGACGACAGAGAGCGAUACAUGCGACAGCAGAGUCGUAUGGAGAGUGAUCUCUCUGAGAAGGAGCAGACGAUGGACAUGUGGAGGACAGAGAGGGACACGCUGGUCUCUGCUCUGGAGGUUCAGCUCCACAAACUCCUCAGCAGCCAAGCACAAAAAGACAAAGAGAUCCAGGAGCUGCGCCGCAACACCACACAACCACCAGCAGAGUGUGAUGGUGGCGUUGCCGUGGCGGAGCUGCAGGCUGCUCUGCGUGAGCGAGACGCAGACGUCCAGAGACUGAAGGAGGAGCUGAAGACGAUGAGAGACACAGAGGUCACAGAGGCUAACAACAGUGAAAGCCCUGUUGCUCUGGCAGGGAAACCCCACAGCCUCACCGUCAACAGGAGGUCUGCAGAACGACGGGAAACCAGAGCAUCGGUCAGCAGUCAGGGCUCCUCCGGUUUUCCGUCCGUCCUGGAGUCGUCGGAGAUUUCCACGGAGAACGGCCGGACGAGGCGCUUCCCUCGACCCGAGCUGGAGAUCUCCUUCAGCCCGCUGCAGCCCAACCGCAUGGCCCUGCGUCGCCAGGGCGACGACAACGCCGUCACCGUCAAGAUCACGCGCUCUGCGCGUAAGAGGAAGAGCGGCGAGAUGGAAAAGUCUCAUAUUUUCAGGAGGAGUAAACGACAAACGACACGCGAGGAGGAGGUGGAGGCAGAGAACAGGAGGAACACGAGGACCAAAGUGCCGCCAAAGCUGACCCCACACAAAGAGGAGAGCUCCUCCCCCGCCGGUCGCCUUGACUCCCGCAGCAGGAAAGAGGGAACGCUGCAAAAGAUCGGAGACUUCCUGCAGAGCUCGCCAACGCUGCUCGGCACCAAAGCAAAAAAGAUGGUCGGUCUGAUGAGUGGACGCAGUGAAGCAGAGUCUUCAUCCUCGUCUUCAUCACUGAGUCUGAGAGCGAAGAAGAACAAACGUAAACUGUACAGACCUGAGAUUUCAUCACCGAUGGAUCUGCAGUCAAACACUAUCAUCAGUUUGGAUCCAGAGGAGCGAGAGCAAGAGAGCGACCAUCAGAUCAUUAAGAGACGUCUUCGCUCCAGGAUUCUCAAAUAAUUCAGCUCCGUUAUUUAAACAAUUUUUUUUAUAUGUUUUUUAAGAAUAGUUCUCAUUGUGUUAUUGAUCUCCGUGUCUGUGAUGAAGGUAAAUCACUUAGUUAAGCUUUUACUUUAUAUUAGUGAUCAAUAAUCAGCUGUUAGCUAAUGCUAUAUCCACACCACUGUUACUACACUUUUGUAUCUCUGUUCACUUUAUAGACAAAAUACUGACUUUUACUUUGAAGUGCAAUUAAUUCCUUGUGUUUAUUUCCUGUGUUAGA